AGCAUAUGCGUGCUGCGAAAUUCGGCAGUUGCAGUAAACGUACGUGCUCCUUGUAGCCAUUUAGAUACACAAGUAGUCAAAUUUCUGCACACCAUGGCAAUGCAGUCUUGCGUUUUGCUGAUGAUUGGUCUGGGGGCGAUACUGACGGCAACGACCACUUCCGUUAACGGAGACCGAGGGGCCUUAGCGACGGAGAACGGUCUCUUGUCGCUUGGCCCCUGUGCCGACGGCAAGGUCAUCCAGAUCCAGGAAGCGCGCUACGGGAACGGGUGCAACUGCAGUUGCGAUGCUGGCUUCACUAAUUUGGCUGUUAGAUCAAAGUGCCAAGGUGAACAAACGUGCAGUUUCACCGUGACUAGUGCCCUUUUGGGCGAUCCGGGAUGUGGCGGCAAACCGAAAGCUCCUAACACCCUCCUCGUGACGUAUGCAUGUGUCCCGGACUAUGAAAAUUCCUCUUACUAAAUCAAAAUCUACACUUGGGAGCUGAUUUUCAUGUACGUAGUCGUUGACUUAAACUUUGAAACACAACUGAGUUUUUGGCUGUUAAUUUACAACCGCUGGCUAACUUGUCAAAUGCAGCUCACAUUGAAUUCCGGCUGUCGAUGGCAGCUCGAGCUUCGCGAAACCAGUAAAACUAACACUUUAUUUUAUGAUAAAAUAAAGUGUUACGAAAAGUAUUACGACGAGCAUGCAGCACACGCUUGUAAUUAAUUACACCAGAAAAUUAGCGUAUAUUAUAUAGUUUUUAUUAUAAACAUAGGAAUAUGUGUUGGAUAUUUUGAUAACUGCUACAGUCUAGCCCGUGGUUUCACCAUUGUUACUUACCAUAUGUUGUUGAGAGUA